UAUUCCGAUCAAGGGGAAUAAGGAUGCCACACUUGCGGAUUUAGUUGAUGUUAUCAGCGUUAUAGACCAGGAUUUGAUUAAUUUUCUUGGACUUAGCUUGGUUUAUUUGCUGGAUUCCAAUUGUUUUGCUUACUGAUCAGUUAAGUUUCCGAAGACUUGACUACAGAGUCAAAAGUCUAGGAAAAUGAUUUAUCAAUUGUUAGUAUAUUAUAAUGUUUCUGCAGACCAGAAACAGAGCACUUGAUCAGUUCAGUUGCAACUUUUUUUUGUGUACCCCAAUCUUUGUUGUUUUUUGGUAAGUGCCACCAACCGAAUAUUCAUUAAAUAAAUUAUUUCUAGGUAAACCAUGUUUUAAUAUCCCUGUUAAUUUGUUGUGUUUCUUCCUUAUGAUUCAAACAAUAGCCUAUGCCGUUUGAAGUUUGGGGUCGUGUGCUCUGGUUAGUGAUCAUAGCUUCUAUGUCCAGUGCUUUGUAUUUUACAUUUUCUCCACCAUGGAUAUUUCUUAGUAUUAAUAUAUGUUCAUGUUUUGCAGCAGUAUAAUUUUUUGAUCUUGAAAAAUGUCUGCAAAUAGAUUCAUGCUUGAAGGUCCUUCUUACCAGGAUCAAUUCUCAGAAGACGAGGAUGAGGACGUGGUUCGUGCUAUUGAACUCUCUCUUCAAGAAUCAAAGGGAAAAGACAUAUAUAGAGAUUUGGAGUUUCACCAGAAUGAUGAAGUAGAAAUACUUGCACAAGUGCUGGAAGAAAGCACAUUAUCUUAUGCAGAAUUGAGCACUAGCACUGAAGGCAGCGAACUGAAAUGGUGGAAACUAUUCAAGGAGUUUAAUCCAUCUGUCCAUACAUCAAAGGGAACUUCUUGGUGGAGAAAGAGUAGAAAGCGGUGCAAUACUCUUGUUUGUGAUGUAUGCGAGGAACAAAUUAGCUCGGAGUGGUUAAGGUGUACCUACUGGGGCCAGACUGUCUGUAAAAAGCAUAUAUCAGAUGGAACUCCCUGCUGCGGUGCCUGUUCUAGAUUUAAGAUAGGAGACGUGAAGUAUAUCACUCUGAGUGAUGGUCGACAACUUUGCCCUGAUUGUCGUUAUACAGCAGUGAUGGAUCCUGAAGACUGUAAGCCCCUUCUUGACGAAGUUCACAGAUUUUUCAAAGGCUUAAACAUGAAAAUCAGAUAUUACAUUCCAAUUCUGCUAGUUGACCAAGAAGAGAUAAUCAGAAUCCAUAAAAAGGUGUGUAGAACAUAUGCCAACAUUGGCAAGGUUUCUAAAUCAAUACAAAGGGGUGAAAAUGUUGAAGUGGUGAAAGAAGUAGAACAACUGCCUCCAGGACGCAAAGUGAGAGCAGUGCUGCUUUUAUACGGCUUUCCAAAGUUGGCCAUCGGAUCAACUUUGGCUCAUGAACUGAUGCAUGCUUGGAUGCGCGUUCAAGGCUAUAGAGGACUGGCCCUAAACAUUGCAGAAGGUCUUUCUCAGGUUAUGGCUCACAAGUGGCUAGAAUGGCAAUCUUUCACGGGCAAUGACUACAUGAAGGGUACAAGUGAAAAAGCUCAGUUCUUGAGAAAUUUGAAAGAAUUUAUGAAAGAUGGAAUAGAGAGAAGAUAUUCUGAGGCAUAUGGUCAUGGAUUUAGAGAAGCAAAAUGGGCAGUUGAACGUUAUGGUUUAAUAUACACACUCGAGCAUAUAGCUCGUAAGGGAAAGUUACCUGAAUGACUUAAUUCAGCAAAAUGGGCAGUUGAACGUUAUGGUUUAAGGUUCACACUCAAAAGCAUAUAAGCUCGUAAGGGCAAGUUACCUGAAUGACUAUCGAACCCUCACCAACAAGGUGAGAGUUCAGGUACUCAACCAAUUAAGCUACUAAGAUUCUCCUAAAUGACUUACUUCUCCGGGUGACAUUAUUAAUUUUUGUGUUAAUUCAUUCAUCAUUGGGAUGAAAUUGAUGGUUCUUGGACAAACAUUUCUGUGAAAAACUUGUAAUUUUUUGUAAUUUACUUUUGUGACUCCAAAUUGAGGCCCUGAAAUUACAUGGGUAACACAAAUAGUACAUAGGGAUAGUGACUUAUUUUUCUUACAACCUUCUUGACUUUUAAUAUCA